CUGGACCUUAACGUGGUGCGACGGUUUGCGUACCUCAUUGACCCAUUGAGCUAUACUGGGUGAUGCCUCCGAGCAUCUUGAGAGCUACUCCUACCAGGUUGGUCAAUGGUGAGAGGUCAGACAAACUCAGUCUCCUGGUCCUCCAGGUUGGGGGUUUGAAAUGGGAUGGCGUCCAUUUCUGUAAAACUAAAUCACUGCCACCCCGCUGCCUUGCGGACAGGCUUUUGAGCCAAAGGCUUUGGAUGAGGACCCUAAUCGUUCUCCUGUCUAGGUCUGGGCGCCCUGGCAGUAUCCCAGCCCACAUACAACCAUGACAUUUUCUUCAAACAUAAACUUCAUCCUGCAUCGGCCGUCGCGCAGAUUAUCAAGGGUCGCCUUAUCUGCUGCAUACAGCAGGGCGGAUAAGCGAAAACAUGCUACUGCUGGCGCCUCCCUUCUUUCUUUUCCACCUUUUUCUCUUACUCCCAUCCCGGCCCCCAUUACUAACCUUCCUUCUAUAAUUCCCAGCUUAAUUGACAGCAACCGAAGUGCUACUGGAGUAGAACCAUCUGCAGCCACCAUCCCACAGCACCUAUCGGACGCCUAUCGGCAAAAGUCCCUUAUAAGGCCACGCUGUCCCGUUUCCAUGGCGACAUUCAACGUCCGCACUCUAAGACAAACAGGUCAGCAGGCUGCACUCGCACGCACCUUGGACACACUGGGU